AUUUCAAAUAUUCACCACUCCAGAUCUCUACAUUUUCUCAUUAUACAUUCAGUAUUUUCUUAUACAUUAAUAAAAUGGCCCGUACUAAGCAAACAGCUCGCAAAUCCACUGGUGGAAAGGCUCCAAGGAAGCAACUAGCUACCAAAGCUGCUAGAAAGUCAGCUCCGGCAACCGGAGGAGUAAAGAAACCUCACCGUUUCCGUCCAGGAACUGUGGCUUUGAGGGAAAUCAGAAAGUAUCAGAAAUCUACUGAGUUGUUGAUUAGGAAGCUGCCAUUUCAGAGGCUGGUGAGGGAAAUUGCUCAGGAUUUCAAGACAGAUCUGAGGUUUCAGAGUAGUGCUGUGGCUGCUCUACAAGAGGCUGCUGAGGCUUACCUCGUUGGUCUCUUUGAAGAUACCAAUCUCUGUGCAAUUCAUGCUAAGAGGGUUACCAUUAUGCCUAAGGAUAUUCAGCUUGCUAGGAGGAUUCGUGGAGAAAGGGCUUAACAAGAAACUUUUCUUAGGGUUAGUCAAUUUGUGUUCAAUGAUUUUGCUUAGAUCUGUUGUUGGAAGCUGGAAUGUAGGUUAAGUGCUGUACAUCUAAUAGUUAAUUUCAGUUGUAGUAUGUGUUAACUGUUGGUUUACUGGAAUCUGAUUGAUGAAAUCUGUACUUUGUUUUGUUCAAUCAAAGAUCUUGCUAUCA